UAUCGUUGAUAAACGUUGAAGGCAUAACAUUCAACAGAUAACUCCUGCAACGGAUAUGAGUUGUCUACACUUAUUCUUUUUUGCCACAUUAUGCUGCGCUUUGAGUUUGGCACAAGUUUUAGAGGUUCAGCCGAUUAAUAGUAGUCCUACAGCUGCCCCUUUGGGCUGUCAUCGUCGUCUGUACACAUAUCGUGUUACCCAGGCCGAUUCGAAAGGACGUGAAUGUUGGGAUUAUGUUAGUGUUGCCGCUUGUUGGGGACGUUGUGAUUCGAGUGAAAUAUCGGAUUGGAAAUUCCCCUAUAAACGUUCUUUCCAUCCAGUGUGUGUUCAUGCUACUCGACAACCUGCUGUAGCGGUGCUACGUAAUUGCCACCCUGAAGCCGAUGAGUUUGCUCGUCGCUAUGAGUAUUUAGAAGCGGUAAGUUGUCAUUGUCAUACUUGCUCUACAAUGGACACGAGCUGUGAAGCGCCGGCUAAUAAUAUUUUGGAUGAAAAAUCCGGUGUCAAGGUAUUAGCCAUUACUGGAUCUGAUUCGGUUGGUUUGGAUUAUUAACUCACGAAAUAGUUAAUUUUAUUUGUAAUUUUUUAACCUAAAUUUAGUGCGAAAUAUGUUUUGACGUAACAAAAUUUAAUAUAUAUUUGUAUGUAGUAGUGUAAAUGAUGAUCGUUAUUGUGAUUUUUUGAAAUAUUUAAAAUAUUUUACAGCGAAAAUUUUAUUUUUAAAAUGUUAUAAAAUAAAUUACAUAAUAUAAUGCAAACAAAU